CUUUGGACUAGUAUUUAUUUCAAAUUGAAGGUAGACGUAUCCAUUAUUUUUGUCAAAUACGAAUUUAGUUAUUAUUUGAAGGAUAAUAUUAUAGUUUACGAACAAAAUGUUUCAAAGCAUUCUUCUAUCAGAUUUGACACCACAUAGUAACACUUAUGAGCAAACACAAUGGGAAAAUGGCAUGCCAUUCACAGAAUCGUCCACAGUUCCGGAAUGCGAUACAAAAAAAGAGUCAAUAAAAACUGCAAGGAAGAAAUGCAAACGUUUACGGACAAACUUUACAUGGGAACAAUUACGGAUGUUAGAGAGUACAUUCGAGAAGACAAAUUACAUUCACGUAAGCCACCGGCGAGAGCUAGCUCAGAAAUUGGGCAUUGAGGAAAAAUGCAUCAGAAACUGGUUCCAAAAUAGGAGAAUGAAAAAGAAAAGGCAAUCUUCAGAGUCAAGUGAUUCUUUAGCUGAGCCAGAGACAAUGAAUCCCCAACCAUCGAGUAAUUCACCAGUAAUAAAUCCAGACUAUAAUUUCGUUUUACCCAGUAAUCACGGUGAGAAUUUGUAUGCAACUUCUGAUGCUGCCCAAACAUCAACCAAUUCACUCGAUGCAGAACUUUGUUACGGCACCAAUAUUGACUAUACGUACACCCAAUAUUAUCCAAUUAAUACAUUAACAUACAACAGUCCGGUACAAGAUACGUCCUGUCAAUAUUACGAAAAAAAUAAUUAUUGGUGCCCAAAAAAUUUCAAUAACUUUAAUAAUUUAAAAGAGACAAACUAAUUCGAUAUUUUAUGAUUUUCCAAAAUAAUAUGAAGAUAGCUUAGUUCACUGAUGAGUUUGGUUCGUUUUUACCGAUUUUACGUCCACACCUAAUCAUACUAUUGCUACUUAAAUCAUAAACCGCGCCAAUAAUAUAAUCAGCGGAUUCAUAACCCACAUUUGCUGAAACUUUGCGACUCCUUAACCCUCGUGAAUCGAUCAUUAAUUCUGAAUUCAUUUUUCUAAUCUAUUAAUUCUUGGUAGUUGUAAACUAGUUUUAUUUUUAUUAUUAGUAAUAGUUAUUUUAAGUACGUAUGCAUACUAUUUUCUAUAAAUUUAAUAUAUUUUAAUAUAAAAAAAGAUUUAUUUUUACAUAUAAUUUCCAGCUCAGAUGGAUGAGAUUAUUUUAUUAAGUUGACAAAGCAUAAAGUAAAAAAAAUUGUGUAAAGAUAAUAUUGUAUUUAUAACUUCAAUGAUGCUCUUUCUAGAUAGUGCAUUAGUUGUUUUUAUUGAUUAUACGGGUCAACGAGCCUACGGAUCACCUAUUGUUAAGUAGUACCAGAGCCUAUAAGCAAAUACGACAUAAUUACCACCACCCGCCUUAAUACAUGAGUUAUAAGUCUCAAUUCUAUAGUGCCAAGGCUGGCUUUCAAACUGACACGUAUUGCUGCUUCACCACAGAAAAGGCAGGGUGGUACCUACCCGUGGAGACUCACAAUACGCCUUACCACCUGUAAUUGGUAUAUGCAAAUAUAUUUUUUGAAGGUAAAUUUGACGUUAUCGAUUUAAGCGCUUAAAACAAAAGUCAUCUAACCCUAAGAUGUUCUUGUUUGCUGUAAACUCCAGGGUUGUUAAUGUACCUAGUCAGGUCAUAAAUUCUGUCACAUGUUUAAUGUAAAAUAAUUGAAACAAGUUUAUUCAUUAUGUAACCAUUCAUAUACCAAAAUGAACUUAACAAAACAUAGAUUCUUAUGACACUAAAGUUUAUUCAAAAUGACCUCCGUGAUUUUGAAUACAGGCCUUCAAUCUGCGCGGCCAGUCUCUAUCGCAGCACGAACGAGGUCCAUGUCAAUAUCGGCGGCUGCCUUAAUCAAGGAUGUCUUGAGUGACUCCAAAUUGGGAUGAGGCUUUGAGCACGCCUUUUCCUCCAAGUAUUGCCAUAUCUUGUAAUCUAACGGAUUCAAAUCUGGACUGGAGGAGGGCCAGUCUUCGUGCCGGAUGAAGUCGACUUCACGCGCCGCCAGCCAGUCUUGUGUGCUCUUCGCUCUAUGAGCUGGCGCUGAAUCUUGUUGGAAUACCCAGUGCCUGUUAUUGAACAUAGUAUGAGAAACAGGUUCCACAAGGUUCGUCAGGACUGUAUUUUGAUACACAACUGCAUUCGUUUUUACACCUUUCUCACAAAAAUGUACCUCUGUUAAGCCCCAAUAAGAAACUCCCAACCAUACCAUGAGCGAGGAUGGAAAAUGACCUCGUUGGACACGUGGAAUACGGUUGCUCGCUUCUUCGCUACUGUGUGCGUACACCUUAUCAUUUUGUUUGUUGUAGCUCUCUUCUACGGUAAAAAUUUUUCAUCCGAAAAAAGAAUUUCCCGAUAUUUUUUUGGUGGUUCUGCUUAACCCCAUCUGAAGGGCCAACAGUUUCUGCUUACGUUUGGGAUUUCUUUGAAUUCGCGCCUUCACUGCUGGAGUCAUACCUUUCUCUUUCUCCCUCUUUCUUUUCGUUCUCUCAUCCCUUCUCUCCCUAUUUUGUAAUUAUUUCUAUUUCUAUGUAAUUUUAUGUUGUCAAACAAAAAUAAAGAGACAUAUUUUGUUAUUUUAAUUGAUAAUUUGAAUUACGAUUUUAUUUUUAUUUUACGUAAUUUAUUAUUUCCUAAAAUACUGAAUUUCCUAAAUACUUUCCUGUACUUAAAUAAAAACUAAUCAGCAAAAUUUAAGAGAAAAAUCAAGAAAACCAACAUAAAAUUGAGCACGAUUUUUUUUUUGCAAAUUGUGUCGAUUCUACAUUAACCGAAGGAACUUCGUUCCUACCUGGUGUCCCACGACACCACAUUUUUGGAACGAAGUUCCUUACGGCAGGCUUGGAGGGGAUACGGAUUUUGCUGCGCGACCGAACUGAAAAAAAUGUGAUAGUAAAACUGUAAGAAAAAAUCCGUGGAAAAAAGUGCGUGGAAUAAAUCCGUGGAAAAAAGUGCGUGGAAUAAAACAGUUAAAUGAGACGUGCGCAGGCGCGACAGUCGUAUAUACAAGCGAGUAGUGUAU